CUUGACUUAAAGAAACAGCAAAAAGAAGAAUUUCAUGUUUUGUCAAUUGGGUCUUCAGUCUCAGGAGAAAGAAAUGAUUGAAUUUGAUUAUGAUAAAAGUUAGUGUCAGUUGGUAAUAGGUUGACGGCAGAGGCGUGGGAAAAUGCUGCAGAUCCACACAGUGUGGUUUAACACCAUUAAAGGAGAAGACUUAAGACAUCACCUGCUAACCACACAACAACUCUGUCACACUUUAAAAGCAGAACUAACAACUAAACAUGUUCUCUGGGAAAUUGAAGUUGGUACACAUUAUUUUUCAUAAUACAUGAUGCUUUGGAAGCAUGACAACACAUUGCCAGCAAAAGCAAAGAUUACAGCAUGUUUGUAAUUAGUGUAAUUAUUUAGGCAACCGGAGUUUGUACAUUUCUGACUUUGUUGGCCUUGUGGUCUGUGGACACUAUGACACUAUGACGCUAUCUUUGUUCCCCCUGUGAUCUCAUCUUUUAAGACACUUCAGACAGUAAUGCACCCACUCUUCUUCCCCUUCACACCACUUUCUUAUUGGCUGCCGAAUUGAAAGAAAACCCCAGUCCCAAUCUCAAAGCAGAAGUCCUGUAAAGACCAUCACAGCGGAGCAGACGCCCUCCUAACAUACAGGACUGCAGCAGGACUUUAAACAUUUGUUCAGGAUGAACAGAAAUCUACAGGAGGAAAUUGAGGAAAUCGAGGAAGCAGCAGCUAACUAUGUUAAUGUACCAGCAUGCACUGUGGAGAAAAUGGCAGCUCGUCCAGACCAGAGGUUUCGCUGCUUCUCUCAGUAUUUUCUACCGAUAGCAGUGUGUUGGCUGAUACUGUUGGUCAUCAUGGGCCUCCGUAUCUACUUUGCUACAUUAAGUCAUGAGAGUGAUGUAAGUGAGCUGAUGGCAGCCAAUCGCAACCUGACAAACCUCAACGACAAACUCAGCGUCUUAGAAAACCAGAUCACAAACCUGACCGCAGUAAACCAGGAGCUGGAGACGGAGAGGAACAACUUAAGAAGACAAAUACAGAACAUCAGUCGAGCUCAGGGGAGCAUUGAUGAAUACUGCCCCAAAGAAAAUAACGUUUCAGAGAGAGGGUGUAGAGAUUGUCAGAAGGACUGGGAACUCAUCAAUUCCAGCUGCUAUCUGGUUAAUGGUCCUCCUGAUCAGAAAACCUGGGAAGAAGCUCGAAAAGACUGCAGAGCACGGGGAUCAGAUUUGGUUGUUGUAGAUACUCGAGAUGAACAGAAUGCACUCCGUCAUCACAGCCGGUACGGAUCCUGGAUUGGUCUGAGAGCUGAAGGAGGGAGAUGGAAGUGGAUCGAUGGAAGUGAUCUGGUUGAAAGUGUCACCUACUGGAUAGAUGAACCACCACCUCCUACUGAUGGUCAGUGUGCAGUUACUACCUAUAUUUUCAGCUGGACAUCAGUGAGUUGUGCUGAGAGAAACGGAUGGAUCUGCGAAAAGAAGCCUUUAUCUGUUUAAAGACUGCAGUCAGACUUGAGAAGGUUACUGGAUACUCUAUAUGAUAAUAUCAACUGGCUUCAUUAAUAUCAAACUGGGAAGACUUCUACGUCACAAUUAAAAAAAAUUGUUUUUCUAAAAUAUAUAGGCAUUUUAUUUCGUUUACUGUAUAAAAAAGAGAAAAUAUUUACAAAGCUGUGUGUGGAUGUGUGUGUUUGUAUGUGUCAGUGUGUGUGUGUAUGUGUCAGUGUGUGUGUGUAUGUAUGUGUGUGUGUGUGUGUGUGUGUGUAAAUGUAAUGUAUAAGUGAAUUAGAUAUUGGAUUAUAUAAGUAUGCUACUAAACUGUUAAGUAUUAAUAACUGUGAAUGUGCUUUUGUUCUCCUUUGUUAGAGAUGUGAUGUUUAUAAUUUGUAUAUAAGCAGAUUGAUGAGAGGUACAGACAGGCUGCUCAGCUUCCUGUUUCCUGUGUGACAGGUUACAUUGUUGCUACUCAUGAGCCAAAAUGGAGGCACAGCAUCACUUGUUUUUCUUCAGCAUUAAAUGUAAAUCAUAUUAAUAUUUAGAGUGUUUAAUCUAUCUAGAAGCAAAGUCCUGUUUCAUUACAUUGAAUAAAAACGCUGCGACA